UUAAUAUUGGUUUCGGGGGCGCGAUCGCUUGAGGAACAAGAGCAGAUUUCUCGGAACAAAAGAAGAGAGAGGAAAUACCCGCCCCGGAUCUGUGGAGGGAGAUCCAUCCGUGCAUUCGGUGUGUUCUCAUCGGGCGGGUCUCUGAUCAAAGGGGUUAUAUUCGGAGGGUAAAAAUAAAAUUGCCUAAUUAGGAAAUUCGGAGGGUUUAACGUAGCGCCGUCAUGCAACCUCACCCGUGGCCUCUUAUCCCGCUACAAGGGUCGAUACGGUCAAUCACUAAAUUGCAGACAGCCUCGAGCCUAUGCGCCUCACGUUAAGAUGCUGGACGCGCUUAGGUUAAGAUGGUGUGGCAUUGGCAUGUAUGAUCAAUCAAAGAAGCUGACGUUGGCACAGACAGCUAGACAUGGUACGCUCCGAUCCCGCGGCACCAAUGCCGUCCACAAUGCGAGCCUAGGCCUACCAGCAUCGCGGCCACUACAAGUCGUCCCUCAAGCUUGUCGGUUCGUUUCCCACGCCGGCCCGAACUCCAGCAACAUCAUCGCCCUCGUCUCCUACGUCGUGCUCGGAUUCUUGAUCGUCCACUUCAUGGGCGUCUUUCUUCCUCUGCCCUUUGCACCGCCCCUAGUCCCCGAGCUCUGCGUCUCUCGCGUUGUCCUGUCGCUGUCGCGGGGGACGAGGCUUCCGAAGGGCUACGGCAGCCCGGUAGCCCGGCACUCGGGUGCUGGCCAUGACGGGGCCGAUGAGCAUUGUGUUCUGCGGCACCGGGGUUCUGAAAGAGCACAUGCGAAGUUUCUUAUGAAAGCCUAUGUUGUGUCACUCUCGGGACCCGGUGUCGAGGAGCACGGCGCUGGUGAGCACCUGGUUCUCAGCCUGGGUCAGCACGCUGGACUUAUCUCCAACGGGUUAACAGCCUCGACUGUGGUUCGAACUACCAAGUUUGUAGAUUACAAGAAACACGCCUUGCUGCCACGCUCUCUGGCCUCGGCCUAUGGAUUGCAGGCCCUCUACGCAAACCUUCAAGAUAUCUCUGUCCAGGUGGCCCCUUUGGUCAACAUCGGCGCUUUUCAUGUAGGAGACGGUGUCCUGAGACAAAUGGUUCGAUGGUUCUUGAACAGCUCGUGUCUGACCUGGAUCAGUGGCAAUCAUCGCUCCUAUAUCCUCUUCACCAAUACUCCCAACAUGUAUGAAGUUUUGACUCUUGUUGAGAUAGUCGAACAGGGAAGGUUAAAGGCUGUUCUGGACUCUAGUAGGUUCGCAAUAGAGGACCUCAUGAAGGCGUGCGAACUUGUCACGAGCAGGAUGUUUUGGGGUAAGGUUCUCAUCCGGGAUCCCAUGCUGAAUAUUAACGCAGCCAUCAUAGCCAGAUGCACAAUUCCAUUUGGGAAACGCUACCAGCUCGGGAAUCCCAGCACUACCAGCCUAUUGUCCUCUGUACCUAGUAUGCCUAUCUCCCAUAAGUGA